CGUGCUUUUGUUUUUUAACAUUCGACUAGAUCACGUAUGCUUUGCUACUGACGAUAUUUUGUUGUAUAUUUCUGCAAGAAAAACCCGAGAAAAAAUUAUUAUCACAGUAACGUGAAAAGAAAAUGAAGCACGGCAAUAAAAGCAUUGCAGAUAAAACUCCAAAUGGCAGUGAAGUGUCCAAAAAUCGUUCAGCUCCGCCGAUUGAUUCUAGUCCCAUUCGGAAAUACACGGACAAUGGUCAGAAGAUAAUACUGAAUGCAAUGAAAGCUGUACUCUCGAUGCCUGCUGGAAACUCGCGCGACUUGUAUUCCACGCAUCCGUCAUUUGUUCGGAUAAUGGAUCAUCAUGCCGACAAGUUACUUCAUACCAUUUCGGACGUUUUGAAGAUGCACGAAAUUAAAGGAAAUAUUGUGGUGCGUGACCGCGAAGAAAAAUUUGAACUGAUGCAGGAAUUCAACGACACAAUACUUGAGCGAAUCAAUUCAAAUCUAGACGAAAUAGCAGGAAUUAAGAAAAAACACGAAACCGUAUUGGUUCAUAGUGAAAUUCAACUACCAACUGAACCAAGAUAUCGGUUAAGCGGUUCAUGGAAUAAUCCAGCGACACCAUCAACGUCCGUUAAAGCUACUUUGAUUACUGCAACAAAUAUAGCUCGACCGCAAGUUAAUUUCAGAUACCCGAUAGAUAAUUCAGCUUUAAAUCCAUUCGUGCCGAAGAUUAAGGAAAAACCGAACUCAUUGAAGCCUUUGGCCGUCUUAUCCGAGUAUGACGAUGCAGGCAAUAUAGUCAGCUAUCUUCAUCCGUACGAAUAUGAACUGGACCGGUUUGAACCCUCAAAAGUAGCUCUAAAGCCAGUUCAAUCGCAAGAUCCGUUAGUACUCGAAAACACACCACUCAUUUUCAUUGAUAAAAGGGCACAAGUGCCAAAUAUUCUAGAUGAGCUGAAGUUAGCCAAAGAAUUGGCCAUCGAUUUGGAGCAUCAUUCCUAUCGUACAUUUCAAGGUUUCACCUGUUUGAUGCAGAUAUCUACGCGAAGCAAGGAUUAUAUCAUCGAUACCCUCGCGCUUCGGGAUGAAUUGCAAAUUCUGAAUGAAGUUUUUACGGAUUCGAAAGUGGUGAAAGUUCUGCACGGUUCGAUCAGUGAUAUCGAAUGGUUGCAACGAGAUUUGGGUCUGUAUAUCGUUAACAUGUUUGAUACUGCAGAAGCCGCAAAGGUGUUGGAAUUCUCGAGAGUAGGAUUACAAUUUCUACUUAAACAUUAUUGCAACAUUGAAACGGACAAAGCUUAUCAGCUUGCAGACUGGCGCAUUCGACCACUGCCAGAAAAUUUUAUUGAGUACGCCCGUAAGGAUACUCACUAUCUGUUGUACAUCUAUGAUUGCAUGCGUAACGAACUGAUUACGAAGGGGGCCAGUUUUCUGCAAACCGUUUACAACAAAUCUAUCUUUCUAUGUAAGCAACGGUAUGUGAAACCUAUCUUCAAUGAGGAUGCUAUUAUGAAUAUCUAUCGUCGGUCGCGGCAUGUAUUCGAUCAGCGUCAGAUGUUUGCCUUCCGGGAGAUUCUAUACUGGAGAGAUAAAACCGCGCGCCAAGAAGACGAAUCAUCUGGGUACGUCCUUCCGCAACAUAUGGCUCUGGAUAUAGCGUCAAAGCUGCCGCGUGAAAUGCAAGGCAUAAUUGCCUGCUGUACACCGGUGCCUUCCCUAGUACGGCAGCAUUUACAUACUAUCCACCAGAUCAUAUUGAAGGCGAGGGAGAUUCCUCUGAACAAAUCCGUUCCUCAGAACAUUGAGCGACAGAUGGACACUCGGCACAAAAUUCAAUCGACUUUCGAUAUUAACAAUCCACUUUUCUGUCCGCACGACAACAGUCACGGGGAAAACUUGGAAAUAAACCUACCCACUCUGUUAGGUUCGCCUGGGAAGAAUUGGAUGGAUGAAAAAGUUGUUGUAGACUUACUCAAGGAUCGACCUGAAGCUUCUGUGUUUGGAAAUUCAAAAACUAGAAAAUUUGACGAAAAGGGUAGAUUCCUGCUGUGUAACACAACAAAAGAAGAUGCUAAAAUCAUUCAAUUCAUCGAGUCACACUAUCAGAGAAACAAAUCUGCUGAAGAUCCAACGACGAACGAGAAAAUUCCAUCUUACAAAAAUCGCAAAUUCAACACACCCUACGAACGUCACCUGGAAACGUGCCGAAAUCAAGAAGAGAAUGAACCAGAAUUGGUUGCAGUGCAACAGCCUAUAAAACAGGAAAAAGACGACAACGAAACUAAUACGGUUAUCAAAGAGGAAUCAAACCCGUCUAAGACCGAGCACCUGUCUUUGAGGGCAAUGAAACGGAAGGAGGACAAAAAAGCAAAAAGGGAACGCGAACAGGCGACAGAAUCGCUAGAUAAAAUUAAAUUCAAUGAUUAUGAACCACCUAAAAAGAAAGCAAAAGCAGAUCAACACUCCAAAAGCGAAUACCCGAUGCAGAUUAAGUCGACUUCGGAGACAACCAGAAGCGAAGAUAAUGGGGUCAGCGAAGACAAUGAAGAUAUUGAUCGAAGUCAGACAAACAGCGGUCACAACACAACGGGCAACUUCGGAGGUAACCAUAAAGGAAAAAAUAGAAAGAAAAAAUUUAAAAAGCCAAACAAAGUCAACAACAAGGAUUUCCGACAAAGUUCCAACAAACCGAUUGCUUUCGAUUACGAUAAGGUAGAUUUUUCACGGUUUCAAGGAGGAUCCAAACCAAUGCAGCAACAUAAAGGCAAAAGGGGUAAAUUUGUUCGAGGACCUGCUCAGAAUGAAGAGUCUGGUCCCACAGAAGGAUCUAGUGGUACUCCUAUGAAAAAAACGCUUCAUCCAGAUAGUAGGUUAGCUAAGAGCAUUAAGAGAACUCAGAAAAUGUUCAACUUCAGCAGUAACAUGUUGAAGAAGAAAUGAAUAGUUUUUUCAACUAUUGCACUAGAACUAUGUAACUAAUUUUGUGUGUAUAAACAAGAGAAAUUAAUUCAAAUAUCUAUUGUACAUUUAUA